AUGAACGCUACUACUCAUAGGAAUAUUAUACCGUUCGAUGACACGUAUAUCCUGUAUGAUCCAGACGACGUCUUGUCGUUUCUGAGCGCAUACUUCUCGCUACUACCGAUCUUGAUCCUGACAUUCUACUUGUCCUGGUUCAUCAUUACAAGAGAGCUGGAGUCCUGCAUCAUCGCACUGGGCCAAUUGUGCAAUGAGAUAAUGAACAAUAUAGUAAAGAACAUCAUCAAGCAAGACAGACCAUAUUGGGUCGGUGACUCUUUCCAGGAGAAUUCUAUCAGGUCCGGUUACGGUAUGCCUUCAGCGCACUCCCAGUUCAUGGGGUUCACACUGAGCUAUUUCACGCUGUCUUUGCUAGUUGCACCGUUGAGCACGAAUAGAAAGAGAUCUCGCUUCGAGGCCGUGUCUUUGUUUCUAAUCCUGGUGGUAUUAUCGGCUUGUGUAACUUUCUCAAGAGUUUAUCUGCACUAUCAUUCAGUAGAGCAGGUUCUCGUCGGCUUUACACUGGGGUUGUUUAACGGAUCUGCAUACCUACUAGUGGUUAGAGUGAUCAGAUCACUCGGUUUGUGGAAUUGGCUGCUAAGUUGGCCUAUUGCGAGGAUACUAUACAUGAAGGACAACUUCAAUUUGGCUCCAGUUACAUUGAAGCAAGAAUACGAGAGUUUCUGGAAAACUAUAUCAUCGAAAUCGCAAAAGAAAGAGUAA